AUGUCUGAUCUUCUCAAUCAGUAUAGACAAUCUAGAAAACAGAAUGGUGGAAACUCAAGCACUUAUAAGGAUAAUACAGUAGAUUCUUUGUAUCCCAGAUUAUCAAAUACAUUUGACAAAUCACCUCGCGGUCGGCGUGAACAACUAGACGAUAAGCUAUCUCGAUUUGAUUUAUCUCCACCUCGUGGUCGGCUUGGAAACUUAAAUUAUAAAGAGAAUGGAAAAGAUAAUGAGAUACUGAAAAGAUCAGGAAUUGGCAGGGACCCCAUUUCGUGGCGAUCUCGUGGGGGCGUAUCAAGAUUUAAGGACGACAAGGAUUUACCAGGCACCAAUCAGAAUGAAAUAAGAUCGGAGCUUUUGAACAGAGUAAAUAAAUCAACUGGCAACUAUAGAACAAGCAAUAGAGAAAGAAGCCCAUCAUAUACUUCUGAGCCGAAAAACGGGAAUAGUAUUGAUUUUCGAACGAAGAGAUACGAAGAAUUGAAUGGUUUCAAGCGAGAUCGUAGUUAUACCAAGUUGAGUUCAUCUGAGACACUUAGACCAACAAUGAAUUACAAUCGAUCGGAUGAUGUUUUUGGAAAUCGCACAACUGGAACGAGUUCAGUCAGGUUAUCAGGAGUGCAUUCAAAUCAUGACACUUUGGAUGACGGUAAGCGAGAUCGUGCUAUGCCAUCAUAUCUAACUAGAACCACCACAUUGAGUUCAAAUGAUGAUGAUGACCGCAUCACUGGAAACCCAAAGCCAUACUUUGGUUCACCUAUAAAGUCACUUGACGAGACAUUGCGAAAGAGCCGACAAAGUAUAGCAUCUUUCAAUAAAUAUAUGAAUAAGAACCAUCGGGUAGGUAAAAGUUAUAGGGUAUCGAAAAAACCUGGGAAACAGGUGACAUCCGAUAAGGAGAAAAAUCGGGGUCUUUUAUCUCGAAUUGUUAGUUACUUUAACGCCGAUGGUAAUGGGGAUGAUGAAGAUCGUAGCGACAGCGAAGGUGAAGAUGCACACAAACUUGAACAAGGACUUGAACAUAAAGUUGAACAUGAACUUGAAAACGAUGAUGACUAUAGAAAAUACAGAGGAGACGAUGGUCAUCGCGACAGAAUAUCGCUGAGACAUAUUCCCGCACGCAACCGCAGCGAUUUUGUUGGGAAUAGCACCUUGCGCGCCACGAUCAAAGAACUAGAAGAUUUAAAACGAGAGCACAAGAUCGUUCUUGCACAAUUAGAAGAACAGCGACUAGAGAAUAGGAGACUCUUGCGAGAAAACAAGCGCGCACGGCUGGAAAUAUGA